CCCUCCGCGCGGCCGUGAGCAGGCCGGGCCCUGAGGGUAGCGGCCCGCGGCCCGCGGCCCACAGAGAAGCGUCCACUGGGCUGGAAGCAGGAGGCUGAGUCCAGGACGCGGGGCGGGCCUGGGGGCCUGCGGCAGGCGGGGAGGGUCUGCAGCGCGUAGCUGGGCCCCUAGGACUGCGGUGUCGGCAGGGCUAGGCGUUUGCGAAGGCACAGCAUUCUGCAGAGGGAAGGGAUACAGGCAGGUGCACACCCGCCGUGAGGGUUCCAUAGAGGGACCGGAAGAAGACACGGGCCCCUAGGGAGGUGCUCAGGAACAGCCCAUGGAAGAAUUAUAUGAAGAGGUGGUGAUUAAGAUUAUAGAGCAGGAGUGGACAUGUUUGGAUUUCCAACAGCUACCCUGCUGGACUGUCAUGGAAGAUAUGCCCAGAAUGUAGCAUUUUUCAAUGUGAUGACAGAAGCUCACCACAAAUAUGAUCACUCUGAGGCCACAGGAUCCUCAAGCUGGGAUUUCCAGAAUUCUUUCAGAAGAGAGAAGCUGGAACAAAAAUCCCCAGAUUCUAAGACACUACCGGAAGAUUCACCUGGGGUGAGACAGAAGGUCUAUGAGUGCCAAGAAUGUGGAAAGUCCUUCAGGCAAAAAGGUAGUCUAACAUUACAUGAGAGAAUUCACACUGGUCAGAAGCCCUUUGAGUGUACCCAUUGUGGAAAAAGCUUCAGGGCCAAAGGCAAUCUUGUUACACAUCAGCGAAUACACACGGGAGAGAAGCCUUAUCAGUGCAAGGAGUGUGGGAAAAGCUUUAGUCAGCGUGGUAGUCUGGCCGUCCAUGAGAGACUCCACACUGGACAGAAACCCUAUGAGUGUGCCAUUUGUCAAAGAAGCUUCAGGAAUCAAAGUAACCUUGCUGUUCACCGAAGAGUUCACAGUGGUGAGAAGCCCUAUAGAUGUGAUCAGUGUGGAAAAGCUUUCAGUCAGAAAGGAAGCUUAAUUGUUCACAUUAGAGUCCACACAGGUCUAAAACCCUAUGCCUGUACCCAGUGCAGGAAGAGUUUCCACACCAGGGGGAAUUGUAUUCUGCAUGGCAAAAUCCACACAGGAGAGACACCCUAUCUGUGUGGUCAAUGUGGAAAAAGCUUCACUCAGAGAGGAAGUCUGGCUGUGCACCAGAGAAGCUGCUCACAAAGGCUCACCCUUUGACCAUUCUAUUCAAAGGAAGUUUUAUUUCUGAAUUAAGGGUACAAAACCCUCUGUUACUGAGCUGCAUAUCCAAUUCUAUGGAAUGAAUGGAGAACAUUCCAGGAAAACCAGUAGGUUAAACAAACUUUUUUCCUUAUCCUCAAAUGAGUAUGAAAAAUAAAUGUCUUGUUUAUCAUUA